AUGGACGCCUUCAGAUAUGCCCGCAUCCCUAAAGGGCUGAGGCCAGAGGAGAACCACGUUUAUGAGUUGCUCCUCCAAGUCGUGGGCCACCGCGAGAGACACCUCGAAGCACCGCCAAAGGUCAUAGCCAUCACGGAUAUUGCCAAAGAUGUUGAUGACGUAGUGGCGGUAGUCCUUUUAAAGGAGCUACAUCGUCUUGGCUUGAUCCAUAUCGACGGCUUCGUCGCAAACCUCUAUCCCCAGAAGCAGCGUGGUCUGCUUGGCCGAGGGGCGCUUGAUUCCAUGGGCCUCAACGAUGUCCCUAUUGCAAUUGGCACCGAGGCAUCGCUCAAGAGGCAUGAGGUUCAUUCUUAUGAAUUUGACUGUAGUUUCAUGGCCCCGGAUACCACGUCUCUGCCAAACGGAUUAGAACUGCUUCACAAAUUAUUCAGCGCUGCAAAACAGAAUGGAGAUCAGGUAACACUCCUGCUUAUAUCGGCAUUGCAAGACAUCGACGAAUUCACCCAGGCCUAUCCAAACGACAUCCGUGAUGUUGUUGACAAGGUUGUUCUUCAAGGCGGCUAUAAAAUCGAAGGCGACAAGGUCAUCGCAGCCACAGAUGCAGCGAAUAAUAGCAUGAACCAGCCCGCAGCUGAUAGGUUCCACGAGUUCCUAUCGAAGAACAAGAUUCCUUCCGUGGCCUACACAAAAAUUGCUACUUUUGCCACAGAAAUCCCCGACCAGCUCUGCAAAGACUUGGAAGCCACGGGCCAUCCCGUGGGCAUCUACCUACGCAAAGCACAGGUGGAAAUGGACCUUGCUUUCUACGCAACCUCUUGCAACCCGGAUCCCUCAAAGCGCUUCAGACCAAGCAUGGAUCAACAGUGGUAUUUGAAGAACAAAAGCAGCUAUUUCGAUACGCCCCGCACAAAAGACGAGCCUCUCCCUGUUGGGGAUGAGGUGGUCAAGUACUUCAAUAAGCUCGUGGCAUAUGAUGCUUUAGCUGCCCUAGCUGCCGGCGGCGACGAUAUCCUACACCACCUCAAGAUCUCCAAGCCGUCUAAGAAUGGUGAGAAACCACUUCAUCAGGUUAUUGGAACUCCUAAGACAGCUACGGAGGAACUGGACCCGGGAAUUAAUGGGAAGGCAAUGGCACAGGCUAUUCGGGCGCUCGUGAGGGGAUCAUUGCUGGCUUGCCAGCAGAACCUUUCGUAA